AAACAGACAAUAGGGCUAAACGUGGUCACAGAGUAUGUUAUGGGACUGAUACAUCCCGAAAAACCAAUUGCCAACGUAUGUUUCAAAACCUUUGGCUAUGUAAGCAUGGGUCAAGCUAUCUCCUUCCUCAAUGACUUCAAGCUUGGGCAUUAUAUGAAGAUUCCUCCGAGAUCAAUGUUCUUAGUUCAGAUCAUAGGUACAAUACUUGCCGGAACCAUCAACCUUUGUGUGGCGUGGUGGCUUUUAAAUUCCAUAAAAAAUAUAUGUCAAGUGGAUCUCCUUCCUCCAAAUAGCCCGUGGACAUGUCCGGAAGACCGCGUCUUCUUCAGCAUAUCAAUCAUAUGGGGAUUGAUUGGGCCAAAGCGGAUUUUCGGAUCGCAAGGAUUCUAUGGCACUUUGAACUGGUUCUUCCUUGUUGGUGCAGUUGGGCCAGUUUUAGUAUGGCUACUUCACAGAGCCUUCCCAAAACAAUCCUGGAUUCCUCUCAUCAAUCUCCCCGUCUUGCUCGGGGCGACCGCAAAUAUGGCCCUGAACUACAAUUCCUGGAUUCUGAUAGGAACCGUGUUCAACUUCUUCGUCUUCCGCUAUCGGAAGCAGUGGUGGCAGAGAUACAACUACAUUCUUUCAGCAGCAUUGGAUGGGGGAUUGGCUUUCAUGGCUGUGUUGCUGUACUUAUCAUUUGGCAUGAAGGGAAAGAGUGUGGACUGGUGGGGCACUGCAGGUGAGCACUGUGACUUGGCUUCUUGUCCUACAGCCAAGGGUGUGGUGGUUUAUGGCUGCCCACUCUUCUGAACUUGCUCUGUGAAGUUACAUACAACACUCCAAGAUGGCCGAUGAUAUCUUUGGUGGGAAUCAUCAUGAUGUGGUCUAAUAGUAAAUA